GUCAGCUUUGACAGAUCUCCUAAUCUAAAUUCUAACACCGAUCAUUUAUUUUUUUAUAACCACUUGCAUUUCGAUACAAAAUAUUAGUAAUUCGUGAAGUGGUAUUACGUGAACAAGAUGAAAAUACGAGCCCACGCAUUUCGCGAACCGUGGAAUGCGACCCGCUAGCUUCGACUGGAUAUGUCGACGCGGAGCGGCGCAAACGCAAUACGUGCGCGUCGUGGGCACAAGGAGCGAUCGAAAAACUUCACGGAGUUAGAGAAACGCACCGUUCUUGAGUUGAUAGCGAGACAUCGGGACGUCCUGCGGCAGGGGCGUUCCAACAACGCGACUAAUCGCAGCAAGCAGUUAGUGUGGUCCACAAUUUGCGAAGAAGUGAACAAACGCUGCGGUGGCGAGCGGCCACGCACGCCUGCUCAAGUCAAGAUGUGGUACGAAAAUUAUAAGAAGAAAUGCAAGAUGCGUGCACACGACACUCAACUCAUUAAGACUCCGAACUCUGAAACACCAGGCCUCCUUGACGGAAUGUUGUGGCAGAAUAUUCACCCGCUUGACGUUAAAGGCGAAGAUAAUGAUGCAACAACAAGCGGGGAAGGCGCUCACAGUGUCAAGGAUGAUGGGCCGGUCAAUAUGUCUAACGGGCGUCUCUCAACGAACGACAGCGACGAUACGAUGCCAAACGUACUUGAACCUCAAGUGCAAAUUAUACCCCAGUCCUCCCCUAGCCCCCCCUUAAAAACCCUCCCUAACCCCCUAAACCCCUUAAUCCCUAACCUGCCCCUUCUAGCUAACCCCCUCGCGAUCGAACAAGCGCGCAUCCAGCAAAAUUUUCUUCAAAAGUUAAACGAACUAUCAAAUACACCACUGAACCUCAGCCACUUAGACGAUGAUAAGAGGAAAGAACAAUCGGAUGAUCAAAAACACGAUUGUGGUACCGCGACGGAGGAAGAGAGAUUAUAUUUCAUAGCCAAACGGCAACACGCGAUAUGGGAACACGAGGCGAAAAUGAAAAUUUUAAAUAUGGAACUAAGGCAGAAGGAAGAGAUCUUCUCCCUUCAAAAACAACUUUUUCUCAUCGAGUUGCGUUUGAAAAUGGAUUUCCUGGAGAAGGCCAGUGCUAAAUGAUCAAUGAUGUUUUAAAAAUGGAACGUUGUUUUUGUAGAAUGGCUAAGCUAUCGCCAGAUUUUGUCUAUGUUCUAGAAAUUAUUUUUCUGUGGCGCUCACUCAGUGUUGCCAAACAAGAAUUUUGUUAAAAACAAAUGAUAACGACAAAGUCGUAGUCGAUUAAGUGCCAUUUUUGUUACCGCUUUAGCGCUCUUUUAAUAUGUAUAUUAUUUUGCCUUACGCUUAAUAUUUUUAACCAGAUGAAAUUGGUUGUAUUAAUUAUUAAUUAAUUCGUUUUGUUCUAAACAGUAGAUUUUAUUUUUUAUGAAAAUGGUACGAUGCAAGGUGAAUUUGGUGCGAAUUUGCACCAAAACUGGGUUUUGAAAUGUGAUUAUAAACAGAUAGUAUAUUAUUUUUGUAUUCUUUAUUUUGCAUAGCUUAUUUUAUAUUUAGUUUAGUACAUAAAAUGUGCUUAAUUCUGUAAUUUACUUUAGUAUGUUUUUCACUGGCAGCUUGAAACGCGCAAAUGAACUGCCAAAUAUAGAUUUUUGCGUUAACGUUAGUACUUAGUAUUUAGCAUCUCUUCGAAACGGGCGUCUUUCAUAUUUUAGUUUGCCCGCGAAAGUGGAGGUCAAUGAACUUUUGACGUUAAAGUUAAACGUGAAUCAACCUAGUCCUAUAGGUUCUAAUGUCUUACAAAGUAGUUACAUCAAAAUUAUUUUCGAUGGCAACACCGUGUCGUGUGAUUUACAUUUUUAAGAAAAUUAGCUAAACUGAACUUAAUUUUCCGGUCAGGGCUUAAAGACAUGAAAAUAUCUGUUGAAUUUGCAAUCUAUUUGCGUUUUAUUUAUAUCCAUAGAUAUAGAAUAUUAACGUAUUUCUUAUAUACUUUGCUGGAUUUAAAGCCAAAAGGCUGAGACAUGCUUGUCACUGUAAACAUCUUAUAUAAAGAGAACUAAAUUGUAACUACUUAUUAGACUUCAAGUCAAUGACGUGCCAAGAAACAUAAUAUUUGUUGUUAAAUACAUAGUUGUUACAUAAUAUUUUAAGAUAUACAUUUAAAAUACGUAAAUUAGACAAAUAUGAAGGUUCAAUUGAUAUUUUUGUUUAUUAGUAAUACUAGAGAAUUUAAGUACAAAAAUUCAAUCAAUAAUACCUCAUGAUAACAGUGUAUUGUAAAUAUUGUAGUUGUAAUAAAUUUUAGACAUGUUUUAUAUGGACUUACAUUUUUGUGAUUUUUAAUAGUUGUCAGAUUUAAUAAAUAUAAUGAUAAGCGUGGAAAUACUCAAGUUCAAAUUGUGUAAUUUUUUCAAUACAUUUUAAGCAGGAAAUACUAUUUUUCAUAAUACAAUUUUAUAUUGUGAUGUAUUUUAUAAGAUCUCAAUAGAAAAAAAUGAAUUUGUGAAAAAUUAUUAUACUUUAGUAUUGAAGCGUCGUAAUUCGAAACUCUUUUAUGUUAAUCUGAUGAAAUUGGAUAUUAUUGAUAUUGAAUAAAGAAUUUAUUUUUCUGUUC